AUGGCGCACCCCCUCCUGUGGCCCAAGAAACAAUUUUUCUAUCCGAUUGGAAACACUCCAGCAACUUGCUUCACUCAACAAUUGGCACCAGAAGAUGCAGCCGACGUCCUUCUGCUUGGAUGUGGUGAUCCAAGGAGCAUCAUGUUCACAGUGCACGUCGAUUUAGGUGACAAACGCGCAUUGGAUUUCACUUGCUGUGACGCAGAAUCCGCUGUUCUUGCGCGCAACAUCAUUUUGUUCACCAUGGUUGCUGACAGUGACCCCAACGAUGCCAUGCUAGAUAACGUCUGGACCAUAUUUUACCAUUUUUACCUGGACAAGGUGUCCUUGAAUCGUCUUCUUGACCAAUGCCGCAAGCUCGUUGACAUGUCAACUACCGUUGAAUCGUGGAGCUCUUCGAAGUAUGGGGGAGUGUUCCGGUUUUGUACGGAUGCGUCGCUCCUGCAAAUUCGUGAUAUGUGGAUAAAAUAUCUGGAGACGGAGACCCUUUCACAGAGUGAGAAGGAAGCACUUUCAUUGUCUUUCUCUGCGGGAAUGAAAAAUGUCUUGAAGACGCAAAAGGGCGUCACGACGACGGCUUUCCGAUCAGCGGGCCCCCUCUGGGCAAAUCUAGAGUCGAUGGGAGCAGAUCACUUUGAUAAAUUCUGGACAACAGGCACUACCUCAAAACCGGCUUCUCACAUUAACCCAACAUUCGCAUAUUCACUUUCUGGGCGAAGAUUUAAUGCUCAUUAUGGGACAGACCCACUCCUCUCCUAUCACCUGGCCGUUCCCCUCGCUCCGACAAAACUGCCGCCUCGUUCUCCGGUUACCAAGUUAGACGAACUUGACAAGGCUAUCAAAGUACAAUUCCGUGCGUGGUGCACCAGUUUUAGGACACGGCUUUUGGCAAAAACGCCACAAAUUGUCAUCAGAUAUUUCAUCGGUGACGCACUCGCGUUUUGCCAAACGCUUUACCACUGUAGAUUGUUGGAUGCUACGGAAACAGGUGUCUAUACUACGCCUUGGGGGGGUUCCAAGAUCCACCUACGUGACCAAGAUUAUUCUCUUGACGCGCCUAACAGAGCUCCCCUCAACUUUAACAUCAUUGACACGUCCAACCUCUCCGACCAUCUGGGCCUCUUGAAUGUCCUCUUCGCCACAACGCGUCUAGUUCGCGAUACUUGGUCAUCAAUUCUUCAUACCCACUCCUUGCGCUCCUUGUUCCUCUCCGGAGCCCACGAAAAUUUGCAGAGGGGACUACUUGAGAAGGCUUGCGCCGAUAUCCCUAUGCUUUCAUUGCUACUUGGUCUGGUACCUUGCCGCCAUCUUUCCGAAAUCACAUCCGUCUCAUCUACUCAUGAAUUUCUCCGAAUGUCGACUAUCAAAGACACCCAAUUUUAUGACUUACUUUCUUGGAAAAAACCCCUGAAGCAAAAAAUAUCCUCAGAUGAGCCUCUUCGUUGCGAUGCCAACCGAUUAGGAGAGUUCUUUUUUGCCAUGUAUCUGAAGAUGUUCGCCGAUGAGAACAUGAUGGAAAUGUUGAAAAAUGCUAGGCUUGGCAAGCUGCGACAGACUUUGAUACUUCACUAUAGUAGGCACAGUUUCGUUGCUUUCCUUGACCUUGCAAAGAGUCGAGUCGAGACCGAUUGGACAAAAGCAAUGAAGCGUUUCAUUUCACGCAUCGAGUCGGACAAAACUCUUUUGAUGGGCUUAAACAACUACCAAGACCUCUCCUGUAGUCUCCACCUCCGGGAUGUCGAGUCCUACGUUCCAUCUGUAUUGCAAGCCUCUUCAUAUCUUUUUCAAGGACUCGGAUGGAAAGAUGUCCCUAAGGUUGUUUGUAUUAUCCUUGUGGUACCCCGUCAAUCUCUCAAGUCCCUCGAAGACAUGCUCCCAGACGAAAUGACGCCACCUAUCCUACAGUGCGAGACCAGGAGCGGAGUAGUUCAGAACAUAUUUUCCUCAAUUCGGCCAAUUUUUGGAAGUGUGGAGACCCAAGGUCGCAGCACUGAGUCAAAGAUCAACAUCCGAGAAGACGCGAAGGGCUGGAAUGGAUCAUCCUCGUUGACAAUCUCCUUCUAUGUCCCUGCCUGGUUCCUAUCCACUUCCACCGAGGUCGUCCUCUCUCUCCGUUCUACACUUGUGACUAUGACGACCCUGAAGCCUAAACUGGGUGAAUUUCUUACAGUGUACUCGGCUAGUGUCAUGGACAGACAGCAUGUAUUUUUUUCUCGCCAUCGCCCAGACAAUCUGGGUGAGGUUCAGAGUUUGCUUGCUAUGUCGCGCGCCUUGAAGCGAAGGAAUCACACCUCUCCAGUAUUGGAAACUAUUGCUGUGAAUUUUGACACCUUGCGUAUGCAGGCAUCUUCGCUUACGAAUAGGGCUAAUGUCGUGAAUCCCAAGGAUCGCGAUGCACUUUCGGCAGGUGCUAUUGUGAUCUCAAAACAAAUCUCAGAUUUUGCUAUCCUGGUUACUUUUGACGAAUAUGAAAAAGUUCUUGAAUUUCCUCUCCCGGUGGAUGGUAGUGGCUUAAAGACACGAAUUGCUAGGAAAUCCUUCUACGUCGAAGUUGAAGCACACAUUUUAGCAGAUCCGCUUCAUCGUCGCAACUUCUCCUUUGAUCCUUUCCCAAUCUUCCUCGAUAAUUCGCUCCCAAAGCUAUCUAACGUUCACUACCUUCACCUAGACCGGUUACCCGCCCUGGACUUUGCUUCAAAUUACAACUUGAAGUGGCUUCGCAUGCAUCUUGGAAUGGCAUUUUCAGAUAGCGAGAAAACGAAACUAUACCAGAAAGAGGCUCGAGGUACCCUUGUGGAAUUGAAGGAUACCAUCAGCCGCAUUCUCGAACAAUUUUCCGUUCACCGAAAAGGUCAACCUCUUGCCGCAGGGCUUUCCUGUUCAUCUCAAGGGGAAAUCCAUACUCUCAUCUUUGUCAGCGAAAUCAAACUCGACUUGACAUCAAAUACAGUCGUCGCAGACGCAUGUGUGCUUCCCUUGACGCCCUCUAUCGCGCCACUGAUUGCCACAGGCCUUCGAAAGAUAUUAGAUUGUAACUUGUUCGCAGUUGAAACCCUUGAGGAUGAGGUUAUUGCUUGGAAACAGCUUCUCCCUGCAUUCGCGGAGAGGUGCCGUACAUGGAAACACACUGUGAACUGUGAAUACCUCUCGAAAGGGAUUCCGGUGUCCGUCACGGUCGAGGAGAGUCCCCUCUGUGGAUGCGGACAGGGAAAAAAUCUUGGCCUGUUCUCUCAAACUUCGGCCUGGAAAAGCUUCGCCCCUUUUGUCACCAGGAUUGCGCUUGCACCCCUAUUCAGCACGUCGUUUUUGGAAGGUACACUCUCCGCUCAUUCGGAAGCCUUGAACCGUGCUAUCAUUGGGGAGGAACGAUGCAUGCACUGCGGAAACCCAGGCAACCCGAAACUUUUGGCGUGUAGUGCUUGUAAGGUGGCUAAGUACUGCUCUGCCCCAUGCCAAAAAGCGGACUGGAAAAAGCACAAGGCUUCUUGCACUGUUAUCAAGUAG